GGAGGAGGAGGAGGAGGAGGAGCAGCCGGCCCCUGCACCCUCCGUGCCUGAUGCGUCCUGGGAUGCCAUCCGGUGCUCGAAUGCCCCAUCAGGGGGCUCCCAUGGGUCCCCCAGGCCCACCCUAUGUGGGGAGCCCCUCCGUGCGCCCUGGGAUCCCCCAGGCGGUGAUGGAACCGGCACGCAAGCGGGCAGCCCCGCAGCAGGCGCAGCAGCAGGCGGCGCAGCAACAGGCGCAACAGCAGGCGCAGCAGCCCACCCAGGCCACACAGAGCCGGCCCAGAAGUGCCAAGAGGAGGAAAAUGGCUGACAAAAUCCUCCCUCAGAGGAUCCGGGAGCUGGUCCCUGAGUCCCAGGCCUACAUGGACCUCCUGGCCUUUGAGCGCAAACUGGAUCAGACCAUCAUGCGGAAGCGAGUGGACAUCCAGGAGGCCCUGAAGAGACCCAUGAAACAAAAACGCAAGUUGCGGCUUUACAUCUCCAACACGUUCAACCCUGCCAAAUCGGACGCAGACGACUCUGACGGCAGCAUCGCCUCCUGGGAGCUGCGGGUGGAGGGCAAGCUCUUGGAUGAUCUCAGCAAGCAGAAGCGGAAGUUUUCCUCCUUCUUCAAGAGUUUAGUCAUUGAGCUGGACAAGGAUCUGUACGGACCUGACAAUCACCUGGUGGAGUGGCACCGGACUCCCACCACCCAGGAGACGGAUGGCUUCCAGGUGAAGAGGCCGGGGGACGUCAGCGUGCGCUGCACACUCCUGCUCAUGCUGGACUACCAGCCACCACAAUUUAAGCUGGACCCCCGCUUGGCUCGCCUGCUGGGGAUCCACACGCAGACACGCUCCGCCAUCAUCCAGGCGCUGUGGCAGUACAUCAAGACCAACAAGUUGCAAGACUCCCACGACAAGGAGUACAUCAACUGUGACAAGUACUUCCAGCAGAUCUUUGACUGCCCCCGGCUCAAGUUUUCUGAAAUCCCCCAGAGACUCACCAACCUGCUGCUGCCACCAGACCCCAUUGUCAUCAACCACGUCAUCAGUGUGGACCCCAAUGACCAGAAGAAGACGGCCUGCUAUGACAUCGACGUGGAAGUGGAGGACCCCUUGAAAGGCCAGAUGAGCAGUUUUCUCCUCUCCACAGCCAAUCAGCAGGAGAUCACCGCCCUGGACAACAAGAUUCAUGAGACAAUCGAAUCCAUCAACCAGCUGAAGAUACAGCGAGAUUUCAUGCUGAGCUUCUCCAAAGACCCCAAAGGAUAUAUCCAAGAUCUUCUCCGGUCUCAAAGCAGGGAUUUGAAGGUGAUGACGGAUGUGGUUGGGAAUCCCGAGGAAGAGCGGCGAGCGGAGUUCUACCACGAGCCCUGGUCCCAGGAGGCUGUCAGCAGAUACUUCUACUGUAAGAUCCAGCAGCGACGGCAGGAGCUGGAACAGUCGCUUGGGGUGCGCAACACAUAAGCUGCUGAGGCAGGGUCUCCCGGGGGGUGCAUCGUGUGCCCCCGAGAUCACUGUUGCCUAGAGAAUGGACCCGCUUCACGCCUGGCCAAGGAGGCACAACCCCCCCCCCCAGCAGCAGCAGCAGCUCCAGUCUGGCUGGCUUUGGAGGGGUUUCCCCCUCCUCAGGCCAGGACAGGCCGGGAGGCAACAAGGUUUCCGCUCGCAUUUCACUCACUUCAUUCGUUGUUGGAGAGAACGAGGACUGUGCGAUCACGGACCCUCCCGCCUUUCAGUCGUUCCAGGGGAUGGGGCGAUGGCCACGUGGGGGGGGGCUCGCAGGGGCUGCUGUGAACUCACUGGGCUCCGCCCCACCCGCCCGCUGGCUUGAGGGGGCACUUGUGGCCAGGUGGCUGGGGCCCCGGUGUCCGGGCCUGGGAGGGCUGCAGUGGAGAGCUGGCAGCGGCAGGAGGGGGGUGGGGGGACUGUCGCCUGCUCCCUUUGGCCCAGCUGCAGUGGGUGGCAGAGCGGGGGACGUGUGUCCGGCCUUCCGCCUGAGUCUCACACUGGUUGCGGUGCCUCCGGCCUCUCUUUCCAAGGCCGGGCCAGGAGCAGGCUGUGCCGCCACCCAGUGUUCCCCCUACCCACCCUUGGGAGGCACGUAUAUGGAGGCGGACUUCUGGUGCCCGGCCCACCCCCCAUCCCCACCCCGAAAGCUGAGUCAAAGUGGGCUGGUCCCAGCCCUUCUCCUCCCGUGCAGUGAGAGGCAGGAGCUUCGCAGGACGGACGCCACAAUACGCUCUCCGGGGCCACAGGGAGCCCAGUUGGGGCAGAGACUCCCAGCAGGGACUUUUCCCCGUUGCUGAAAUGUGUGGCCUGUGUGCUUAACAGGAAGCCCUCGAGAUCAGACAUCCCGCCCUGGCCAGGAGAGACACCUGAGGACGGGGCCUCCUUGCUUGUGGGACUGGCAGGUCACACACACACACACACGUCCCACGUGCAGAAGCCUCUUGGGUGUGGGCAUGGCUGCUCCGCUCUUGCCUCGUCGCCAGAAGGGACUUCAGCCGUUUGGGCAGCAGGGCAGCAGGCGCCAGGCUUCUGAAGGCACCCCUGGGGAGAAGGUCACUCUCCCCCGCUUACUGUGAGAGGAAGGCGCUCUGGCUCCAUGCCUGCUCUGUUCGAGUGCCACCUGGAGAGUGCCGGGGGAGGUGGGAGGGAGACGUGCGGGCCCGGUUGGUCCUCGUGGGCCCCUGUCUGCAGCAUGGGUGUGAGAGCAGGACAGGGGCCUGGCCCUCACUGUAACCUGGCACGUCUCCCCCACCCACCCCCCACUCAUCCGCACUCAUUGGGUGCUGCUUUCCAGAUGGAGGUGGGGGGGGGGAUCUGGACGGGUCAGUGGGACAGAUGCGGGGCUGCCAUCCUCUGCAGAAGCCCACGGUGAUGGUCCCGCGAGGGGAGGGGCUGUGUGCACCAGUGGGAAUGCACCGUGGCCAUCCGUAUUGCGGAGACAACCCCCAGCACCAUCGCCGUGUCCCCUCACUGAAGAUGCCUCUUGCCAGGGUGGGGGUCCACAUUCAAGGUGACCGAGCUGCAGCCCGCGGAGGGGCUUGCCUGGGUUGGGUGGGGGUGGGAGCCAGCGGGCGAGGCUUCCCGGAAGAAGUGGGCGGAGCAGCUCUUUCCCCAGCCUGAGGCGCCUCUGCCUGGACAUCAGGAGGGCCUCCCGAGCAAGAGACACACCCAUCCACCCCCACCCCCGCUGGACGGGGACUGCAGGAGGGAGCAGGAUGUGGGGAAACAUGCCUCAGCCGCUCACGGCCGCCUGUGCACUUUUCUGGGGGUGGUGGUGUCCAACUCAAAGUCUCAGUUUAUUUUCCACUGUUCACCCCCAAAGCAGAGGGUGGCACCACAUGUGGCUUAUGCAGAAAUUCAGACUGCUGCUCGUUUUGUUCACGGUUGACUAAGGAUUUGCCGUCCUCCUCCUCCUUUUGUCUUCAGAUGAUCGUGAGUGUGCUCACUCUGUGUCAAAGUGCAAAAGGGACUGAGUGCUGUCCGCGUGGCUGUCCCAGUCUGCUUCUUCCGUGGAGGCCACUGUGGUCUCCCGUCCAGCCGUGGUGGCCCUCCAGAGUCUCAGGUGGGUCCCCUCCCUCACCUGGACUCCCCCGUCCUCCUAACUGGGGACGUGGGGGAUCGUCUGCCCUGCCCGGCCGAGGCGGUAUCACCCCGAGAGCCACAGCUCACCCCUCUCCGUUGUGCCAGUAAAUGGUCGGGGGAGAAAAUACCACCGGGCGACUCUGGAACGAGCAUCCAUGCAGUGAGGGCACUUCAGGUGUGAUGGGAGCUGGAGCCGGAGGAGGGGCUCGGGGGGGGGGGACAGCUCAGACCUUCCCUCGAUGGCCGAGAGCAGGAGAUGGAGGGGGCUGCGUGGGAGCAGCCAGCCCGUCCUGGGAGUGCCCUUUGCUCUCCCCGCGCAGCGUGAUCUCCAAGGGUGACCGGCUGGGUGCAGCGCAGACCGUCUUUUCUCUCUCUCUCUCUCUCUCUCUCUCUCUCUCUCUCUCUCUCCCU